GUGAGCUCAUCAUAGCUAUGUCUUUCUCCCAUAGUCUCGUGUCUCGUUCUCUUUUUCCUUUACGUCUUUUAAUUUUCCUCAUCUUCUUAGUUUCAUUCGGGAAAUCACAAAAGGAAACCUUACAAGUUAAAGUGGGAGUUGUUCUUAACACUAAUGUAACAUUAGUAGAUUUGAGCUUGCGAGCUAUCAACAUGUCUCUGUCGGAAUUCUAUAAGACUAAUAAAGACUUCAAGACAAGGAUUGUCCUCCACAUCCGAGACUCCAAACAAACUGUUGUUGGUGCUGCUGCUUCAGCUUUAUACUUGAUCAAGAAGAAGGAAGUGGCAGCUAUUCUUGGACCAGGGAACUCAAUGCAAGCUCCAUUUAUAAUCAACCUCGGAAACCAAUCUCAAGUUCCCAUAAUUUCAUUCUCAGCAACAAGCCCUAUUCUUGAUUCCUUACGUAGUCCAUAUUUCAUCAGAGCGGCACACGACGAUUCAGCUCAAGUUCAAUCCAUCAGUGCCAUCUUAAAGUCAUUUAGAUGGAGGGAAGCAGUGCCUAUCUAUGUAGACAAUGAGUUCGGAGAAGGUAUUCUUCCUUACUUAGUCGAUGCUUUUCAAGAGAAUAACGUUAGAAUCAAAUACCGAUGCGCCAUAUCGUUGCAUUCUUCUAAUGAUCAAAUCGAGAAUGAGCUUUUGAAACUAAUGACCAUGCCCACUAGGGUUUUUAUCGUGCACAUGUUACCUGAUCUAGGGUCAAGGCUUUUUACCAUAGCUAAAAAGAUUGGUAUGAUGGAUAAAGGAUAUGUAUGGAUUGUUACAAACGGUAUAGCUGAUCUCAUGAAUUUAAUGGGGGAAUCAACCGUGGAAGCCAUGCAAGGUGUCUUGGGCGUCAAGACAUAUUUCUCAAGAUCAAAAGAGCUAGCGUAUCUCCAAACUCUCUGGGGAAAAAGAUUUGGAGGAGAAGAGCUAAACCAUUUUGGGUGUUGGGCUUAUGAUGCUGCCACAGCACUUGCUAUGUCAGUUGAGAAAAUCAGUGAAGUCAACAUGACUUUCAAUAAAACCAAAAAAACAAUGUCAAGAGAUGAUGAUGAGACUGAUCUUGAUGAUCUUGCUACUUCUCUCUCUGGUCCUAAGCUUCUUGAAGCUUUAUCAACAGUCAGUUUCAAAGGUGUUUCCGGGAGAUUUAAGCUAAAACAAGGGAAGCUAGAGGCGACGACUUUCGAGAUAAUCAAUAUUGAAGAAAGUGGGGAAAGAACGGUAGGAUUUUGGAAAUCAGAUGGAGGAUUAGUGAAGAGACUUAAUGCUUCACAAAGCUCAAGUGACCUUAGACCGAUAAUAUGGCCAGGGGACACUAUAGGUGUUCCCAAAGGUUGGGACCACCCAAUUAGCCCAAAGAAGCUGAGGAUAGCAGUUCCAAAGAAGGAUGGUUUCAACCAGUUUGUGAAGGUAACAAAUGAUGCAAACACUAAUGUUCCAGCAACCAGUGGGUUUUGCAUAGAAGUUUUCAACACGGUGAUAAAUCAAAUGCCAUAUGAUGUCCCUUUUGAUUACGUCCCCUUUGAAACUCCUGAUGGAAAAUCAGAUGGAAACUAUGACGAAAUGGUUUAUAGAGUGUUCCUUGGGGAGUAUGAUGGAGCAGUAGGUGAUAUUACAAUCUUAGCUAACCGGUCUGCUUAUGUUGAUUUUGCAUUGCCAUACUCCGAGAGUGGUAUUGUAUUCGUGGUGCCGGUAAAGGAUGAGAGAGAGAAAGGAGAAUGGGUGUUCUUAAAGCCUUUAACAAAGGAGCUAUGGUUGCUCACUGCUUUUUCUUUUCUCUAUAUUGGAAUGAUGGUUUGGAUUUUUGAGUACCAUGCAGAUGAAGAUUUCAGGACACAUAAGAUGUCUGAUAAGAUAUCUAAUGUGUUCUACUUCUCGUUUUCUACUCUCUUUUUUGCACAUAGGAAGCCAUCAGAGAGUUUUUUCACAAGGGCUCUUGUGGUGGUUUGGUGCUUUGUGUUGCUGAUUCUGACUCAGAGCUACACAGCAACACUAACAUCAAUGCUCACGGUUCAAGAGCUUAGACCAACAGUGAGACACAUGGAUGAUCUGAAGAAGAGUGGGGUGAACGUAGGAUAUCAAUCUGGCUCGUUUACAUUCGAGAGAUUGAAACUAAUGGGCUACGAAGAAUCAAGGCUAAAGGCUUAUGAUUCUCCACAAGAGAUGCGUGAGCUCUUUCUCAACAAGAGCAGUGAUGGUGGUAUUGAUGCUGCCUUCGAUGAAGUCCCUUAUGUUAAGAUUUUCAUGGCUAAAUAUUGCUCGGAGUAUUCCAUCAUCGAACCUACCUUUAAGGCUGAUGGCUUUGGCUUUGCUUUCCCUUUGGGAUCUCCGUUGGUGCCAGAUAUUUCAAGACAGAUCUUGAACAUAACAGAGGGAGAGACCAUGAAACGCCUGGAGGACAAAUGGUUUUAUGGAGACAGACAUUGUCUGGACUCGACCACAACGGAUACUCCAAUCCAGCUCGACCACCACAGCUUUCGAGCUCUGUUUCUGAUGGUCUUUGUCGUAUCUGUGAUUCUGCUGUUGCUCAUGUGGGGUAUUAAGAGAUACAAAGAGAGACGAGUCGAGGAGAUUGAACUUGUAGCUCGAGAUGAAGUCAAUGAAGAAGGUAAUGUUGUAGAUGGAGAUGAGGCAGAUGAUAAUGAGCAUCACGUUGUGGACGUAGACACUGCUUUGCUCCGUCAUAAGAAACUGACCUCAACGUCUAUACCCACUAGGAGGGCUACACCACUGUUAAGAUUAAAAUCAGCAUAGACUCAAAACAUAACUACUCGU